AUGAAAUGCUCUUUGUUUUUGUAUACUGAAAGCGACAGGACCAAAGGAAGGCGAAUCAUGGAUUAUUUUCAAGGCAGGUUACGCAAGGUUGCAGAUAUGAGAAAUAUAAAUAACCUUCUAGUGAGGGACCGAGAUUUCAGAAGGGAACUUCGCCGCAGUGAGUGUGUUGUGUUGAUCGGGACACACCAUGCCCUGUCCCUCAUCCAAAACAAGCAGCAAGAAAAAGAUGAAGAUGAUAUCAUUUUCGACGGCAAAGUUAUGCACGAAGAGUUCACAGAAAACAAAGAACUUGUCAAGAACAGACUCGUUAUCAUUCACUUCACAGAGAGAACCGAGAAUGAUUGGAUCCCGUCAGAUUUAGAUGAAAAUCGAAUUUUUCAUGUGGAAGAUGGGACAGUUCCUCCCAACGGAAGUCCUACCUUAACUCACCUUGAAUAUCGCAUGAAGAAAAUUUUGCUUGGAGAUGACUUUUUGUACUGA